AGCGAAAGUUGCGUUUAGCCAAUCGGGAGCAGCCACAAUGUGUUUGGAAACAAUACUGUUCCUGUAAAGUGCCGUACGACGGACCGCAUACAGACAGUUCUAGACGCUGCUCCGGUCGUAAAGUUUCUCAGCUCAAGAAAAGGUUUACUUUUGUUCCAGCCUUUCUACCAGUAUAUUUUAUAAACAGACCGUCGCUGUUCCUGAGUAGCGUUAUUGUAGCGAAUACCUCCACCCAGUUACCGCGUCAACUGACUCAAAAGUGAAAAUGGAUUUAGAAGAUUCUCAACAAAAGACGACCAGUCUUCUCGUUAAAACGCCUAACCAGGCUCAGGAGGACCAAAUUAUUGAUGGCGUCGACAUGAAGUGGACUGUAAAGGACCUUAAGGUUCAUUUGUCGAGGGUUUACCCAAGCAAACCGGCUAUAAGUGACCAGAGACUGAUCUUUGCUGGCAAGCUGCUGCCUGAUCAUUUGCACAUCAAAGAUCUUUUCAGACAGAUGGACUCCAUUCCCACUCUGCACCUGGUUUGUCCCAUGAGAAAUCCACCCCAAGCAUCAACAAAGACCAAGGAGGCAGAACAACCACAUCCUUCCAGUUCAAGCCCACCUCCCAGCACACCAGAGCUCAGGCAGAGGAGGCAGACAUCUUCGGCUCAGGCAACUUCUACUCAGAUCCACACGCAGACGCCUGGAGCUCCAACAUGGCCUGCUUCAGCACCCGCUGCAGCGUCCCAGCUGACCCAGCCAACCUUUCCUGCCUUAUCCCUGUACAGCCCUCAGCAGCUCCUGUGGCUCCAGCAUGUCUAUGCAAGACAAUAUUACAUGCAGUACCACGCAGCCAUGGCAGCGGCAGGUUCUGUUCCCCCGCCGCCGGUGGCAACCAUCGCCCAAUACCCACCUGUCCCUGCCCACCAAGUUCCUGUCCCAGCCCCUCUGGCCAAUCAGAACCCCAUUGACAACCUGCCAGUGAAUCAGAACCCGGUGCAGGACGCUGCUUUCAUCAACCCGGGGGAGGCCAAUCAGAACAUGCGAAUGAACGCACAGGGCGGGCCCGUAAUGGAGGACGAGGAGGACGUGGAGCGCGACUGGCUGGACUGGUUGUACUCCGCGGCAAGACUCGGCGUCCUGCUCAUGAUCGUUUACUUCAACUCCAACCUGAGCCGCUUUCUGAUGGUGAUGAGCACGCUGCUCGUCAUGUAUCUACACACUAUGGGCUGGUUCCCCUUCAGAAGGCCAGCACCGGUCCAAGGACCCCACCUCCAGCCCCCUGAGGUCCAACACAACCAGCAGAAUGAGGACAGGAACCCCGAGCAUCACCAUGCCGAAGAACCAGCUGAUGGGCCGAUUGUGGAACACGCAGCUGAGGAAUCUGAGGAGCCAAUGACGGCAGUUUUAGUUCCUCCUCACAGGGUGUCCGUCAUGUGGACAGCCUGGGUCUUCUUCAAAACUUUCUUCUCCUCCCUUAUACCCGAGGCUGCUCAGGGUGUGGCGAACUGAGUUCCCAAGGGGGCAGCGUUUGGUUUAUAACGGCAACCGGAGAGCAUGCUGGGAUCCUAGGAGCUGCUGAAGCAGCAAGAAGUGGCAAACCAAAUACCAGCACAAUGAGACUUGCCAAAAAAAUAUGGACGGUACCAAAGGACUGAAAGCUGGCAGUUUCUCAAUGCUAGUUUCAGGUUUCUAUCUCGGCACCAUGUUUAAUGCUUCAUCAGAAGGUAACGGGCACAAGGUGGAACCUGAAGGUAAAGGAUGGAAAGUCUUUGCUUUUUGCGAUUUCUCUUUUAGUGUGAGGGAUUAUUUAUUUCCAAAAGCAUUCAAAUUUCAUUAGAUCUAAAAGAGAAAAAAAAAAAGAGUAGUAUGUGACCAGAAAGUUUGUCACAUACAGAUACUCCUGAAUCUGUUUUUAGAUUCUCAGAAAGAACAUGCGUUAGCACAUUUUUAACAGAGGUGUUUUUCACUUUUACACUUUUUGUCUCUACGAAGACAAAUGAACUCAUUGUACCAUAAAAAAAUCAGCUUGUUAGUCUGUGAUUGCAGGUGAGUUGCAGGAGUGCCACGCUAUAAACCUUAAGUUAUAAUUGGAAUACAAUUUAUUUCAAGAAAACUGAAGAAGGAAUUCAUGUCCUGGAUUAAACACAGAAAAAAGGUUUGAUCCCAGAUAAUUUUUUUCCACCUCUUUCAUUCCACUCUAAGGGUUUUAAGGUGGAUUCUUUUUAUUGAAACAUUUUUUGUGACCAAAUAUGAAUGUUUUUACCUAACUGAUUUGAAAAGUAGUUUAUAAAAGCAUGUUUAAAAAAAACAGAAAAAGCUGCAAAUAUAUUUUUUUGUGUACACAAACGCACUUUACAUCCAACUUCUAUCAUAUGCAACCUUCAAAAUAGAGGUUAUGACUCGCGACUUUUUAGGGGCUCGGAGCCUUUCACACAAAUAGUUGAGAUUACAGAUCAAAUUCAAUAUAAAGAAGCAAAAUAUAUCGUGAAAAAUUAUAUUAGGACUUUAGGUCUCAGUUUUUUGUCUUUUUUUUUUCUGGUACCAUUCCAGAUUACAUAAUACAAUACACUAUUACUCUUCUUCCUGAUAUUUUAUAUAAUAAUUAACAUUGAAUGGGAAGUGAUCAGAUACAAAUGACUUUAGUACUUCAUACUUCAUUCUUUUGCAUGAAUUUUGAUCUGUAAUGGUAAAUAAACAGGUUUUAUAAUCUUGUCUCUGUAAAGCCUUGAAGUAACUUUUAAGUAAGCAGAAUGAAAGGUAAUUGUGUAAUCGUGUAUAUUUUCUGUACCUUAACUUAAUGCUUGUCUCCUAUGUGGGGAGGAAAGAAGACUGGCAACGGUCCCUGUAUAGUCGACAUUUCUAUCUUUAUUUUUGUUCCAACCUUAAAAUGGCCCUUACAAUGGAAAUGUUUCCUAUAAAAGAUGCAAUAAAUGUUUGUAUGUCAAAUGAUA